UUCCCCCAAUGCUCUGUGUGACUGAAACUCCACUGGUUCCUUCCCACCUAACUCCUCACUUCAUAGUGCUGCGUACUAAAAACAUCGGACGCUAGGGGAUCAAGACGCAUGCCACAUUGCCUCUAUGUGGGCACUUUAACAGAUCUUUCGGGCUUUUUUUUCUCCCCAGUAAGGGGGCUGCGGAGGGAGGACUUUUUCAUUUGAAUUCUCUGAUGACUGUUUGCAUGGCCGAUUAUUGAGUUGAUUGUUUAUUAUUUUGGCUGCUGUUUGAUCGCCGCCCUGCGCGUUUUUUUUUUCUUCCCCCCCCCCUCCUAUUUUUUCGGAAUCGGCGACCUAUUCCGCGCUCACCAAUGUCCUAUCCUCAGGGUUACCUCUACCAGCCUCCGGGCUCGCUGGCUCUUUACUCCUGUCCGGCUUACGGAGCCUCGGCUCUGGCCGCCCCGCGCAGUGAGGACUUGGCGAGGUCGUCCUCCGGCUCAGCCUUCAGUCCUUACCCGGGAUCGGCUGCUUUCUCCGCCUCGGCUGGUGCCGGUUUCUCCAGUCCGCUGUCAUACUCCACGGAUCCAACUGCGGGAUUCCCAUCCUACAUGAGCUCUCCAUAUGACGCGCAAACAUCAGGCAUGGCGGGGGCUUUGAGUUACCACCCAUACGGGAGUCCGGGGUACCCCUACCAACUCAACGACCCGGCUUACCGCAAAAACGCCACCAGGGACGCCACGGCCACCCUAAAAGCCUGGCUGCAGGAACACAGGAAGAACCCGUACCCGACCAAGGGGGAGAAGAUCAUGCUGGCCAUCAUCACCAAAAUGACACUGACGCAGGUCUCCACGUGGUUCGCCAACGCCAGGAGGAGGCUCAAGAAGGAGAACAAGAUGACAUGGGCGCCCAGGAAUAAAAGCGAGGACGAGGACGAGGAGGACGGCGUCGGGGAGAGGAAAGAAGUGGAGCAUUCAGAAAAAAACCUAGAGAACAGCGAGGCUUCCGCGGAGGAUGAAGGUAUCAGCCUGCACGUUGACACGCUAACGGACCACUCCUGCUCGGCCGAGUCUGACGGGGAGAAGGUCAGCUGUCGCGUGGGGGAGCUCGGCUCCGACCAGGUCGGCAACAAACGCGACGAGGACGGCGACGACCGGAACCACGAACCGCAAGCUCAGCUCUCACCCAUAUCCGUCACAUCGUCGCCUCUAACGGGAGUAGAAGCUCCACUUCUUAGCCAUCACCACCACCAACAGCACCACCACCACCACCAACAGCUCCAUCAUCUCCACCAGCUCCAUAGCCAGCACGAGGAUUUGGCCCGGGGCCUCAUCAAUAACACCAUCAAUACCAAUAAAUCGUCUCCCUGCCUCGAUAGCAGACCUUCACCACAGAACCCUACAGUCAAGCCCAAAUUGUGGUCGCUGGCGGAAAUUGCUACCUCGGACCAAAAGCAGCAGCAUCAGCAAGUGGGGCCCAAUUGCCCCUCCUCCAGCAGUGGCCUCCUCACCCCCCCUACGUCUUCCGCCACCUCCCCGGCUGCCAGUUCCCCCUCCCUCUACCCGGCCCCGUCCAUCCUCGGAAGACCUAUUUAUUACACGUCUCCCUUUUAUAGCAAUUACACAAACUAUGGCAACUUCAGCCCCCUGCACGGCCAAGGGAUCCUGCGGUACACUAAUUCAUCGGGAGUGAGUCUGGCCGCCGCUGCCGCCGCUGCCGCCGCAGCCGCCGCCGCCGCCGCUGCCGCAAACGAGGGUCUGAGCUCCUCCUCGCGCCAGGCUCGGGAGGCGAGCGCCAACCCCAAACACAGGCCAGACUCCCCCUUGGUUAAAAUGAACGCAAACCAGAUUGUUGUCGCUGAGCAGCAGCAGCAGCAGCAGCCUCAUUUCAGAACCGCAAGUGUAGAAGCAAAGAAAGGUACGUAAUAAUACGA